AUGUCCACUAUCAUCGAGAGUGAAGCAGCCUUCGAAAAGAGGUGCCUAGAGGUUCGUGGUGAUGGCUCACUCACUGCGGGGCUGUCCACUCAAGGCGUCAAAUCUUUCCGCUCGCUUGCCUUCGCUCUUGGAACCCCUCAAAGCCCACCGACCGAGGAUGCCUUUAGAGAGCUUGCGAAACUUGUGUAUGCGACUGGCGAGCCGACUGUAGGUGAGUUGUCCAGCAUCAGGCAGCUUCACUUUGAGGCGUCUACUUUGGUUAUUCAGACUUAUAGGGACAUGGUGUCGCAUGAUUCAUCAGAUGGUGCACCGAUGAGAAAGCUUCCGCUGCCAGAGAAGCGGGCACGUAAGGAAUCUCAGCAGUCUAGGCUGGGAGGCAUAGACAUGGACGGAGAGCUUGACCCGUCUUAUCAGUUGAUUGAUGCUUGCAAUCAUCAGAUGGAGAAUGCAGUGAUUUACUGGCUUGCACCUUCUAAAUGCCCAAAGCGUGAGCAAGAGGUGAUCGCAGGUUUCAAGGAAAAGCCGAGCACCCUUCAAGUCGAGAACAACACUGUCAAGGUUGGAGGUCCGAGUGUCUCUGUGGAGUGCGAUACUACGGAUUCUUUGCGUUGUCAGUGGGCUUGGAUGCGAAGGGGUCUUGCUUAUGAUCAGUGCAGAAUGCUUUCUUACAAUGUUCAUCAGAAGUGGAUCCAGAGGCUCCUGGACUGCUUGUCACAGGUCCCUCCUCCGAAUUUCGCACCAGUUACUUUGACGCAGUGUGUCAGGGCAGACAAGGAGAUGUUCCUGCUCAUGUCACAGGAGGGCCUUCAAUCCUUCAAGCCAGGGCCGUCAGGUGUUCCACCUCUUGAUGCAGUCAUGUCCCGUUUAGCCUUCGAUCAGCGCAUCACUCAGUUCUUGCUUCCUAUGCAGAAGUCGCAGGUCGUGAGGGUUGCGCCAACAAAGGUGACGGAGGAUGACAAACCGUCUGUGCCUCCCAAGGUGCCACGCGUUGCGACUGAGAAGGCUAAGGCUAAGGCGAAAGCGCGAGGAGGCCCGAAGAACAAGCCGGCCGCCUUGGCAGCAUAUGAUACCAGGACCAAGUUUGGCAACGCGUGCUGGGGUUUCAAUCUUCCCGAUGGCUGCUCUAACAAGACUGAGAAGGAUCCGAAGUCAGGCUUUCAGAAGUGUGACAAAGGAGGGGAAGUGGCAGAAAGUUUUCACCUUGAGCAAGCUUCCGCCCCUUCCGAUGGAACAUCCGUUGAUGGGGUUGGCAAAGAUGCUGAUGCAUGUUCCGGGUCCGUGGAGCGGUUGGCUAUGAAGCGCAACUUCAGCCAAUUCUUGAAGACAAAUGUCGAUUCUGAGAGCCCGGAUGCUUGUAUGGCAUCGCGAGCUGACAAUCAGGUCGCAGAUCCAGUAUCUGCCGAUACCCACGAACAGAUGGCUCGCACCAUGCUCCAUGCAAACGCCUUUACUGCCAGCAACUGCAUUCGCCUGUUCGAUGCUUGCCCUAAGGACCGAUCUCUGCGAAGUGUGCAGGACAGCUCCGUUGCAGGGACGCGCAUAAGUUUUGGGUUCUAUGUCCGAGGUGGCAAGGCCAGCGUCUUCAACGCAUGCACGUCGGCGUCGGCCACCUGCCGAUUCUUUACCUCGGUGAUUCGAUUCGUCGACCCCACCCAUGUGUUCGGGGCCUUUCAGAUUCUUUCCGAUGUUCGCUCGGAGAUUCAUCUUGACAAAGCCAACGAAAAGGGAUCGAGGAAUCUUGUCAUCCCUCUCACUUUCUUUGAGCAAGGCCAGAUCUGGAUCAGGGAUGAGGCAGGGCAGCAUGAGAUUAAACACGGUAGCAAGUCCUACUUUGGGAAGUUGCUAGAUGUUAAUGCAGGGCCACUUCGCAUUGACCCAUCAGUGCAUCACGCAGUUCUGCCUUGGGUUGGUCGCAGGGUAGUUUUGGUUGCAUACAUGCCGUCUUUUGCUGAAAGGCUCAGCCGUGGCGACAGGUCUUCUUUGUCUGAGCUUGGAUUUGUUUUCCGACACUUUGCAGGCCCGAGCAGUGGCCCUUUGAAGGACAUUCGCGCUGAACCAGCGGCCUCGGCACAUGAUCGUUCUACCGCUGAGGACUUCUUGAUCUUGGAGCUGUGUGCAGGUCACGCGGUUCUUUCACGAACGGCUGAUUCACUUGGAUUUCGAACUUUAUCGGUCGAUAACAAUCAGUUCCGGUCGCCUGGUAAGCAAGUCUUACGCCUUGACCUGUGUGAUCCAGCCAACAUUGACUAUCUUCUUGAAAUAAUUUCUGCAGAGAAAGGCAAACUAGCCAUGGUCUUCUUGUCUCUGCCCUCGGGCACGGCCAGUGUCUCUCGAGGCAAACAUAUCAAGAAGUGGGAGGAGCAAGGCUAUCAACUGCCUGUUGAGCUACGGAGCUCCACGCAUCCUGACAUGCUACCUGGGCUUUCUCCUCAGGAUCGCAAACGAGUCGAGGAUGCCAAUCAGCUCUACUUUGAGACAGCUCGGUUGGUCUUGGCUUCCGUCGGGCAGGAUGUUUUGACUGUUGUUGAGAAUCCUGACUCUUCCCUGUACUGGGCUACUUCUUUCUUUCAGUCCAUCACUUCGGUGUGUCCGGGGUUCUUCACCCGUUUUCACUUGUGUUGUCAUGGGGGUGCACGCCCUCGCUUGGUCCGCUUGUGGUCGUCCAAGGAUGUCUUCAGUUCGCUUGAGGCUCGUUGCGACAACUCGCACCCCCAUAAGCCAUGGCAGCCACGUUUGUUCGGACGUAAAGUCAAAUUCACGACUGCUGACGAAUCUGAGUAUCCUUCUGUCUUUUGUCUGAGGCUGCUUUCAGCUUUGGCAAAUCACAUCCAGGUCUCCUUGACAGGUCCGUCGCCGCAGCAAUCCGUGCCUUUCCAUAGCAAGAGCACUCGCGUGGCUUUGGGUCUUCAGCCGCGUGGGGCCUCCUUCGGGCCUUUGGUCGCGGAAUUUUCGCAUUUUCUGUCGUGCUUUUGCCCUCCGAGUAAGCCGCAGCUCUUGCUGGACUUUUUGGCCAAGCAGCCUAAGGGUUCUCGAGUAGUUCGUCGCUUUGUUUUCGGAUGGGGGGAAGUCUUGCAUUCACUUGAACUGUGCGAGCACCCGAUUUUCCUUGAAGUCCCAGAUCCGAGGACUGAUCAGGUCGCAGCAAACGGCACUCAGGUGGAGCUUGUGACGAUUGGCAUUCCGUGUGAACCGUCCGAGUUCAUUCGAAGGGCCUUGAUCACGGGGCACCCUAGGAGCUUCGAGUUCCAUCUUGAACCCGAAAUAGAUGAAGCGAUUCAUGCGAACUUUGUUGGGAAUCCUGGUGACUUAGCCCGUGCCCGAAUCGACUUUGUCAAGAAGUGGAGUGCGAGAGCUAAGGAGCUCCAACCUGAGGAGGAUAAGCUUCAUUCCGCCAUGCCUGGCUACCUUGCACAGGUUUUGCAAGGCAAACGUCUUCUCCUGUUUAAGGAAAUGAUGCAGGCGGCCGGAUGUAGCGAUGAGCACCUUUUCAGGGACGUCGCAUCUGGCUUUCGUAUAUCCGGCUGGAUGCCGGCCACCGGCAACUCCGGACCUAAGGUCAGAGCACCAAGGAUGUCAGUGGACACCCUCAAAUUGCUUGCCCCUGGAUUGAACAAGACCGUGGUGUCUAAGCUUGCACGGCGCCAGGACUCAGAGCUUGAGGCAUCAGUGUGGCAAGAAACGCAGAAGGAGAUAGACUUAGGUUGGGUUUGGGUUUCGACCGAGAUCUCUCUUUGUAGCAUUGUCAUGCGCUUUGGUAUUGUCCAAAACGGUAAGGUUCGCUUGAUUGAUGACUGUACAAUCUCGUGCCUCAACUUGACGGUUGGGCUUUGCGAAAGGUUCGAGCUACACACUAUUGAUAAGCUUGCUGCGAUUCUGUCUUGUGCGCUUGAGAGGACUCCUGCCUCAGGCUUGUCAGGCUGGGUUAGGAGAAAUUAUGAUCUUAAGUCCGCGUACAAGCAGUACGGUGUGCACCCAGUUGAUCGCGCCUUGGUGAGACUGGCAGUCAAUAAACCAGGGGAGGAAGAGCCACUUCUCCUUGGUCUGAACGCACUGCCUUUUGGAUCUGUAGCGUCCGUGAGUGCUUUUCUGCGUGUAUCGUUCGCCAUCUGGAAGAUAGGAGUUGUUCUUGCAAAGAUAGUGUGGACUGCGUAUUUUGACGAUUUUACGAAUGUCUGCAGGAACAUCUUGAAGGACAAUACUGCUUGGGUCAUCGAGUGCUUGUUUGAUCUGUUAGGGGUUCGCUUCGACAGGUCAGGUAAGAAAGCAAUUGACCAUGCAACCUCCUUUGCAACUCUCGGUUUGCAAGUGGACCUUUCAAAUACAGAGGAUCGUGUGAUUCUUGUCGGCCACACCGACAAACGGCGCGACGAGCUAUGCACUGCACUCAACGAAGUUCUUGAACGGGGUGAGAUGGAGCCUAGGCCUUUCGAGAGGCUGAAGGGUCGCAUGGUUUUCUUCGAAGGCUACAGCUUCGGAAGGGUGAGCAACCAAGCUGUCAGGACUUUGUCGAGAGCUUGCAAACACAAGAACUCGGCCGUUCCCUUGAAUGCUCUACACAGGUCUGCAUUGCAAUUCUUGAUCGAGCGAACUAAGUCGGCUGAGCCAUUGAGGGUUCAGCCGUGCCUCCGGGCAACUUGGAUUCUCUUCACGGACGGAGCUUGUGAGGCUGAGAAAUCUUGGGGUGGCAUCGGAGGUGUCCUCUUUGCCCCGAAUGGCAGCUGUGCUGGCUACUUCGGCGAGUCGGUCCCAGACGAGCUCAUGAAACAACUCCUGUCCUUUUCGAAGAACCCAAUCUUCGAGCUUGAGAUUGCUCCAAUCUUGAUUGCAUAUGAACUGUGGAAGGGUCUUAUCCAGGGAGCACAACUUGUGUGUUAUCUUGAUAACGAGGGAGCGCGCUACUCUUGCAUCCGUUGCUUUGCAGAUACCUCGAGUGUCGCUGACGAUUGGGUGCGAGGCAUCCUUCAUCUUGAAUCCCAAGCGCGUGUGAACGUGUGGUACGGUGCAGAGGCUUUGCAGGUACAGGUCGCGUCCGACCUGGGCCACUCUCCUUUCAAGAAGGGGCUGGACUUGCAGUUGCGGACGCUGAGUGCUCACGUUGGCUGCUCCUCCGAGCUGUUCCACGUGGUGGGACCUCUUUGCGUGCUGCUUUUCGCGGCAGCAGCAGUUGCUUUGAUAAGCUUUCACCCAGCUUUCAUGUUUUCGGAUUUGCUCGACAACAUGCGACGUGCUUCUGCCGACCCUUGGUCGCGCCCAACAGGCUUUGAGCGACCUGAAUUGGCGGAGGAUCCAAUUGAGGAUUUCACUGCUAGUCCUGCUGAUGCACCUGCAGUCUCAGCUGAGCGAGCAAGCCGCCGUGCUAGGCUUGCCUCCAGGAGUCGCUCGGAUUCUCGCCGCAGGCCCAGGAUUUCGCAGAGGCUUCCUAAUGUCCCUGCUCAGCUUGGGCAUCUUACUGCGCAGCCCCGUGUGAGCUUCUUACCUGCAGUGCCUCUAACCCAGCCUCACCUUUUGCCAGGGGAACAUGUUCAAUACUUGCAGAAUCUUUUGCAACAGCAACAGAGUCAGCUUAGCGACUUUGCCUUGGAAGUUGCUGCGUUGCGCCGCGUUGCCGCGGAGCAACAGAUGCUGGCAAGCCACAGGAUUGACGAGGUUGAGCGGCGGUUGCGUCGUGUUGACGCACUCCUGCAGCACAUCAUGCAUUGUCUGCAGGUUCCACCGUUGCGCCCUGCCCCUGGCUGUGACUGA